UCUGGGCCUACUUCGUAUCGGAGAUACCGUAGAUCCACCGCCCGAUCAUCGGGGAUGGUGUUGGCUUUUAUUUCAGUGCGACGCUGCCUCGUCUCUGGACCCGAGUAGCGGGUGCUUGUUCCGCAUCGGGGCCUCGAGGGUGGGAAAUGCUUGGCGAGGGUCCGGCGUUGAUGAGCACAUCCCCACGUUAAUCACGCCAUCGCCAAACAAUCCCCCCCCCCCCCGAGGCUCGGACUCGGCAGACCAGCGCUGCGAGCUGCCGACUAGACGGAAAGACUGUGCCGAAGACGAGAGGACCCCGCCGCCGUUAAUCCCCUUGCCUACUUGAGGCGGCGGCCUUUGGGUCGUGGCCCGAACCGAACACCAUUCAAACCGUCUACACACCAACUUCACCCCUGACGGCCAUUACUACCCCCACUCCGAACAAACAAGACAACUGCAGUGCAGCCGCUAUCCGGUGACCAUGGCGUCUCAAAAUGUCAAUGACGAGACACGGCCAAAGAAGCGGCUCAUAAUCAAUGCGUUUGUUGAAAUGUGCAGCGGCCACCAGUCGCCGGGACUGUGGCGGCACCCGGAGGACCAGUCGUGGAGAUUCAACGACGUCGACCACUGGAUCGAGCUCGCGAAGCUCCUAGAGGACGCGAAAUUCCACGGCAUCUUCAUCGCCGACGUGCUGGGAGGAUACGACGUGUACUCACAGUCUCUGGAUCCCGCCGUCAGAUCUGGCGCGCAAUGGCCCGUCAACGAGCCGCUGUCUGUCGUGCCCGCUAUGGCCGCCGCCACAAAGUCGAUCGGCUUUGGCGUCACCGUGUCGACCACCUACGAGCAGCCGUACCACUUGGCCCGGAGGCUGUCGACGGUUGAUCACCUCACCAAGGGAAGGCUUGGAUGGAAUAUUGUGACAAGUUAUCUAGACUCCGCUGCGAAGAACCUCGGACGGUCCGAGCAACUGCCUCAUGACGACAGAUAUGCCCUGGCGGAAGAGUACAUCAAGGUCAUGUACAAACUCUUCCAGUCGUCGUGGCGCGACGACGCAGUACAGCUGGACCGCAAGGCGGGCAUCUACACGGCGCCGGAGCUGGUGCGGCCCAUCAACCACACGGGACGCUUCUUCACGGUGCCGGGGCCGGCCAUCACGCAGCCGAGCCCGCAGCGGACGCCCCUGCUCCUGCAGGCGGGCACGUCGAAGGCGGGCAAGGUGUUCGCGGCGCAGCACGCCGAGGCCAUCUUCGUGUCGGCGCACGCGCCGCAGGUGUGCGCGGGCAGCAUCGCCGAGAUCCGGGCGCUGGCGGCCAACGCGCACGGCCGCGACCCGCGCAGCAUCAAGGUGCUCGCGCUGGUGACGCCCAUCCUAGGGCGCACCGAGGCCGAGGCGCGCGCCAAGCUGGCCGAGUACCGGGGACACGCGUCAACCGAGGGCGCGCUCGCGCUGUUCGGCGGCUGGACCGGCAUCGACCUCGCCGCCUACGGCGACGACGAGGAGCUGCGCGAGGUCGAGAGCAACGCCGUCAAGUCGACCGUCCAGGCCUACGCCCGCUUCAUCCCCGCCGGCUCCAAGUGGACCAAGCACACCGUCGCCGAACAUGUUAGCAUUGGCGGCAACGGGCCGAUCCUGGUCGGCACCGCGGGGCAGGUCGCCGACGGGCUCGAGACGUGGGUUGCCGAGGCGGAUGUUGAUGGGUUCAACUUCGCGUACGCGCUCUUCCCGCAGUCGUUCAAGGACAUCAUCGAGCUGCUGCUGCCCGAGCUGCGCAAGCGCGGGCUCUUCUGGGACGACUACGCCGUCCCCGGCGGCACCUACCGCGAGAACUUUUACGGCCAGCCCGGCCAGAAGCACCCGCCCAGCGAGCAUGUCGCGUCGAAUUACCAGUGGCGCGCCGGUGUCCCGGCAAGCGAGCACACGAUCCCGUCCGAGUAGAUAGGCCGAGGAAAGAAGAAAUUAAAA